AGGCUAAGACCGCGGUUGGUCCAUCUCGCCUCCGCGCAUAUUUUGGAUGCGAACCCAGUUUCGCUCUUAUCAGUGCUUAUCAGUAUUUUAACCCAAGCAGCUGCAGCAGUUGUUCCUGAAUGUUCCUCCAAACUUGUAACGUUCGAGUAAUCGCGUAAUGAACCGCACGGAAAAAUGCUCCGCCCUGCGGAACGCAAUCGAUCGGGAUCAUACGGCGGCCGAUCUCCGGAUCUCACUGGUCGUGGCCGCGGCCAAAUCCUUCAAGUAUGACUCCUGCCUGCUGCCCUUCCCCGCCGAUUACAUCGUGAACAAAGAGAAGAAAAUUGACGAACUGAACCAAGUGCUGGAUAGCUUGCCCGCGUUGAGUGAGAUUGUGCUGGAAGAACUGGACGAACCACAGCUAGAUCUUCUUUACUGGAUAUUAUGCAAGCAGUACGGUCCCGGGUUGAGGUCCGUUCCGAAAGCCGACUUUGACUCAGUUUUUGCCAAAGCGCCCUGCCUCGCCGCCUUCCAGCGACCUCAGUUCAUCUUCGAAGUGGUCCAUCGUGACGAUGCGAAUUCGGAGCGACGGUUCCGCGAGAACCGGACCGGCUUCCAGUCGCACCACGCGUACCACGGCAGCAAAGUGUUCAGCUUCUAUUCGAUCUUGAACUACGGCCUGCAGCAGCACCUUAACAAAACCUCCGUCUUUGGAGAAGGAAUCUACCUUUCGGAGGAACUGCACGUGAGCCAAAUGUUUGCCCCCACCGGAUCCGGCUGGAGCAGGUCCACGCUCGGAAGUCACCUGGCGUGCACCGCAAUCUGCGAGUACGUCGACAAUCCGGCCUACGUCAAGUGGCAAGAGGACAACCAAAGUUCCAGCAUUCCGGAAAAGUACGUGCUAGUCAAGAACAACGAAAUGGUCCAGCUCCGAUAUCUGCUGGUGUACGGAAACAGCCGGAACAGUGCGGAACCAAAACGGCCAGCAACAAUUGACAGCAAACAGCCCCAGAAGCAGCAACAGCAGCAGAGAGUGGUUGUUGCGCCACCGAAUCGGUGUGCCCGGUGGAUGGCCGCGAACAAGAGUUGGCUGCUGGCCGGAGGUUACGUCGCAAUGCUGUUUGCGAUCGGGCUGAUGAACAGCAGGAAUGCGCACUACAUGAAGCAGAUGUUUUUGAAUAAAAUCAAUGGGAUGUGCAGUGCGCUGUUUGGGGGUGAGGACACGUGAGUGAGGGUUGUUUGACGGGACGGUUGAAGGGACAGUAAAAGGAAAAGGGUUAGGCAAAAUUAUGUGUGUAAUUUACAAACUGGUUAAAUAAAGUGAAUUUUAUAUGG